AUGUCCGAGGACGACACUUUUGCAGGGGGGACACGCGUGCGCGUGUGCUACUCCGAUGGGUUCUGGUACUAUGGGAGCAUCGAUGACUUCCAUGAGCCGACGGGGAAGUAUCGAAUCUCGCUCGAUGAAGGGGACAGGAUCUUUGUGGCCUUACCAGACGUAGACGUCGAGAUCCUUGAGACAGGAGCUGUUGGCAUGCGCAAGGGGACGCAGCCUGUCCGCGCAGGACGGGCUGGCAACUUCAAGCACCGUCGGGUCCCCCAUCAGGUUGAAAGAUACAUGCCGGGAGAAGAAAUGCACGUCCACAACAAGCCACAUGCUCACGCCAAGAAAAGCGAACCCACGCCCCAGAAGUCUCCGAGCUCUGCUCCUCAGCGAUCAACGCGAGGCGGCCAUCACGGCCAUUGGCAAGUCAACUUCGGCUUGCAGGGCAGUUUGACUGACUUCACUUGGAGCAGGAAGGCAGAUGCCGUUCAGACUGAGGUAGAGGAUGGCAAACAGAAUAAAGCUCGAAAGCGGCUGCCCGUCGGCGAGGAGCUCUCGCUUGACGACGUGAAAGUCAAACAGGCCGGGCAAUCGCAGACCGGGCGAGGUAGAGCAGGCGGAAGGUCAAAGGCGAGUGCAACAGCGCUUGAGGUUGAUAAGAACGAAACGCCGAACGAAAAGCCGGGAAAAAAGAAGGACGGCGCUCCUGUGCAGCCAGAGGGGGAGGCGUCCAAUUUUGCCACCAGCUCAGCACCGGAGGCGCUUCCCAAGGACCCUGUCCACAGAUCGAAGAAGAGACGAUCAGGGCCGUUGCUGUCGCACUCGAAGAACAGGAAGAAGAAGUUCAAGCUCGAAAACAAGAGCCCCAACCUGACCAGCGUCACCCCCGCUCGAGGGAGCGUUUCAGCCCCUCUGCUGAGUCUGUCCGGUCAGGAGAACCCUUCUUCCGUCCCUCCCCAGCCGGAGGCCCCCGCGGUCGCGCUGGUGGAAGGGAAGAAGGAGAGCGCCAAGACUGCAGACGCGUCGACGAAAGGAAGUAAGGGGAAGAAGAAAGUGAAAAGUGCUGUAGAGAGUCAUGAUGAUCAGCCUGCUGUAGCCGAGGAGGUGGCAGAAAAGAGCAAGGAAGUGAAGGCAGAGAAGAAGACCAAGGAGAAAGAAGAGCACAAGGUGGAGGAACGUGCAAGUUCUGCGGUGAAAGUAGAAGAGGAAGCAACAAGCUCAACGCAGGAGGGGAACAAACCCGCUGGAUCCCUUCCUGCUAAGAGGGAAAGCGCCAGCCAGAGGAGCGCGAACGAAGCAAAAAAGGCAAAAGGAGCCGAGGCAAAGUCUCCGAGAGGAUCCGAAGGCAAAGGUCCAACCGCCGGUGAAGAGAAAGGGCCCAGCGCUGUGGACGGGAAGGGUGACAGGAAAGGAUCGCAAGGGUCCGAGGCGAAGGGAGAAGGCAGUGCGGAACCCGCUGUCACCCCUAGGGGAGCAGAGGGAAAGCGAGGAAGCAGUUCAGAGCCCAAGACGCCAAGGGGAUCAGAGGCCAAAGGAAGUGCAGAAGGGAAGGGGGAAGGGAAGGGGGAUCCGAAGGGGUAUGCGAAGGGGGCAAGCCGCACAGAGCCUAAAGUAGCAACUAGUGCAGAAGGGAAAGCAGGAAACGCUGUAGAGGGAAAAGACGGAGGCAGCGGGGAAGGGAAGGAGGCAGGUACAGAAGGCAGGGGAGCAAGCGGCGGGGAAGGAAAGGGGGGAAACCGCGCGGAGGGCAAGGGGGUGAAGGAGGCUGACAAGGAAGCGGCGGCUGCUAUUGCAGGAAAGGCGGAGGCAGACCAGGAGCAGAGCGAAGGAGUCUGGAUGCCGAUGAAGAAGUUCUUGAGCGAGUCAGGAGCCUCGGAGAACGUUGGGAAGACUGUGAGAUGCUGGAAGGAGGCACGUUGGGUCAAGGGGAAACUUGUCCGGCACGAGGAGGGCGCCAGUGCGAAGUCGGCGAAGGGAGAGCUGAGAAUGCUGCUGGAGGAUGGGGAGGAACUGCCAGUCGAUGCGCGAGAAGAUGCAGAGGUGCUUUUGGAUGCUGGGCAGGAGCAGCAGAAGCCUGAAGCCGAGAAGAAGACGUCCAAGGCGAAGGUGGCGAAAGGAAAACGUAAGGGAGCGAAAAGCGAAGGGAAGGAAAAGCCCGCGGACGCCGACGAGUCUAUGGGGCCGGAAAAGCCGGUCGAGGCGAGCGGCUCUGAGAAUGUUGGGGAGGAGAAGGAGAGCCACCCGACGGUUGAGAUCGAUCGAGGAGGGAAGGGAGCGGCUGCUGGCUUGGCGAACGCGCCGUCGGGUGCCUCGACCCCUGUCCCUGCGAGGGAGACGCGGCCAAACCGCCGGUCGCAGUCGGUGGACUCGAACAGGGAGACGGGGAAGGACAAAGAUGGCGGGAAGGGGGUGAAGGAGGACAAGCUUGACUCCCCGAGGGUGGAAGGAAGCAGCAACCCGCCCCAGGAAGGGAGGGGAGAGAAGGCCAAGGGCGAGCCUCAGGGUGGGCAGGAGGCGAAGAAGGCCCAGCAAGAGGGGCAGCUGAAGGCCAGCAAGCCGACCAAGUCACGCGAGACAAGGAGCUCGACGACUCCGGCCAGGAGCUUCCAGCACCCCAUUGGCCAGCGUCUCCGCGUCCUCUACGACGACGGCUGGUGGUACCCCGGGGCUAUCACGGGCCGCGAGUUCAUUGAGAGGGAGAAGGGAAAGCCUGCCGACGAGACAUACCACAUCACGCUAGACGACGGGGAGACCCAGCUGUCGACUACCUUGCCCGACCCUGACAUCCAGCUAGUCGAGGGGGACGAGGUCGUGAGUGAGCCAGUCAGGAACACAGCAGCUGAGGGAGCAGCGGAGGUGGCGGCCCCAGAGGACAAGGGGUACAUCGGUGUGAGGAAGCGAGACCGAUACUGGCUGGCGGAGAUCAAGCGACAGGGGCAGACGAUCAAGUUGGGGCAGUACGACAACGCGGAGGACGCGGCCAAAGCGUAUGACGAGGCAGCGAUCAAGUACCAGCAGGGUGCUGAGCAAGAGUGCCAGGGAGACAAGGCGAAGGUCAACUUCCAGGGGAGUAAAGAGAGCGCAAACGCGCUGUCGAACCCGUUGCGGUACGUGAACUCGAGGGUCAGAGUGCUCUACGACGACGGGAUCUGGUACGAUGGGGCCAUCCUGUCAUACGACGACAAGUCGAACGAGUUCUCCAUUCGGCUAGAUGACGACACAAGGUUCACGACCCCCCUUCCGGACCCGGACAUUGAAAUUAUCCCGUCUGCGCUGUCGCCCAAGGGAGUCGCUGCAUCCUCCUCCGCUCCUCAUCACCACUCGUCCGCCACAGGGUCCAGCAGAGGGAAAUCUGCAGCCCAGCCUUCCAUCCAGUACACCAACGGCAUGCGCCUCAGGGUCUUGUAUGAUGACGGGGCUUUCUACCCCGGCACCAUCGUCGGCUGCAACGAGCAGGACAAGCGCUACAAGAUCAAGCUCGACGAGGGCACCAAGUUCAGCACGACCCUCCCCGAUCCCGACAUCGAAGUGCUCGGCAUGGCGCCCCCGAGCAUCAAGUUCUGGAACCUCAGAAAAGUCGCCGACGCUGAGGCCCCCUUGCCUGUCACUUACCAAGGCGUCGAAUUCGAGGACUCGUCCGGCGCGUGGGCAGCGAAGAUCCAGCUGCAGGAGAGCAUCAAGUUCCUUGGCGUCUACGAUACUCCAGAGGAAGCAGCGGCAGCUUACAACGCUGCCGUCCGCCAUUACCGGUCCGUCAUUGCGAGCCUGGACGGGCAUGAUCGGUGCUUCUGCUGCCUGCCUUCGCUCGUCGCUGACUUGUGGUGA